CACAUAUGCUACACAUUCCGGCACCAGUCUGGAUAUCCAGCCAGAGAUAGCCGAGGAGUUGAAGAAGAAGAGAGAGAGAGAGAGAAAAUGAACAAGUUCAAAAACCAAGAGCUUGACGGCAAGGCAUUUGCAGAUAUUGAUGAUGCAGAGUUAGGAAAGGGUCUUUUAGAGGGCAGCACAGAUGCAGACACAGACACAGACACAGACACAGGCACAGACAGAUCUACCACUUCUACGAGCUCACGUAGCUGGUGGUAUAGAUGGUACAAGGCUAUUAUCGGAUUCUCAGCACUGCUAUGCGCGUCCAACCUCCUUACAUUCUGGAUCACAGCUUCUGCAAGGCCUCAAUGCCAGGCUACAGAGUCAGUGGCAGAGCCUCCAAAACUCACGCCAAUGCUUCGAGACUUGAAUCUCAAGACAAUUCAUGUCAAGUUUGAUUCAACUUUCUUUAGCCAAGGGAGCCGCUAUCGUAAGCCCCCAUCGCCAGAGACUGAUGCUGCUUGGAACUAUGCAGGUGCCAAUUUUGGAUACAUUCUCAUUCCCGAGGAACAUGCAAGCGAAUCUGAUUUAACAACUAAUAACAUUCAUUUCGCUGGCGGUUCUGAUCAAGCUUACAUGAAAGGCUAUGCUGCCAAUGUUGAAGUAUUUCAUCAGAUACACUGCUUGAAUCUGAUCCGAAAGGCGACGUGGUACAAUCAUGACUACUAUCGAAAGCUCGGAGCGGACGAGUUUCGGCAUCCUGAUAAAACACUGUCUGUCCAUGUUGAUAGUUUACGUCAACGGCUCAUGUGCACCGCCGACGUUGGGCUGGUUCCCUUCUUCUGGGUUGGCGAUGAUGGCGGAACAGAUCCUGAAUUCAGUCGGACGCACACCUGCCGUGAUUUUGAGACUCUCCAUGAUUGGAUGAUGAAGCACAUGGUAACUCCGGACUCUAAUCACACUCUGCUUCCUAGGCCAGGAGACUACAGAGUGGAUCAUUUCCAUUGAUUGGCUCUUAUGCUAUGAGACGCAAGCCAAAAGAUAUGGAUGCAAUGUAACUAUCAGGUAGCUUGGAGAGAGAUAAAUGUUGGAUAGGUUUAUGUUGUAUAAUAUU